AAUUGUUAUAUCGGGAACGAGGGCAUCAUCUCUUGGAGCGAAUCGCUCCGCGACGUUUGGACCAAAAGCUUGAUCUCAAAUCUCCGCUUCUCCUUUAUCGUGUAACUCCUUUUUUUUUUCUUAAUUGGUUUCCGCGAUCAUCGGAAAGAUCUUCUGCAGCCCUUGACGAUCUCCAAUUCUGAUGGAUUGGAGUUGAGCAAGAGGAGAGGUGAUAGCGGCGGCUUUGUGUCUGGUUAUGGAGUGUUGUUAUGAGUGGCAAAAAUCAUGGUGUUUUGUGUAGACUGGUUGAAGCAUUUGAUCACUGUCCUCGGGAAGUGCUGUGAUCUUGACUUGUACAAGCCACAAAGAGGCCUUGAGGAACUCGAACAGUUAUCCAGAGAAACUGUGUUUAGUGUAAGUGAAUUAGAAGCAUUAUAUGAGCUAUUUAAAAGGAUCAGUACUGCUGUUGUUGAUGACGGGUUGAUCCACAAGGAAGAAUUCCAAUUGGCAUUAUUUAAGACUAAAAAGGAGAGCUUGUUUGCUGAUCGGGUGUUUGAUAUAUUUGACACAAAGCACAAUGGAGUUCUGGGGUUUGAAGAGUUUGCACGUGCAAUGUCAGUCUUCCAUCCGAGUGCUCCUAUUGAUGACAAAAUUGACUUUUCCUUCAAGCUAUAUGAUCUCAAGCAGCAAGGUUUUAUUGAACGACAAGAGGUAAAACAAAUGGUAGUGGCAACCCUUGCUGAAUCUGGAAUGAAUCUUUCUGAUGAUGUCAUUGAAAGCAUCAUUGACAAGGUUGACAUCCUAUGGCUUGAUCAAUAUUUUUGAGUUCCCUGCCACCUCUAGA